AUGGCAGCAGAUUUUGGGAGCCCUAAUGCCAGUGUGAUUGGGGAGAGGUCCUUGGCUGUGGGGAGCAGCUGGGUGGCCGCCUUCCUCUGCUUCAUCAUCCUGCUGACCACCCUGGGGAACGUCCUGCUCAUCCUGCUGAUCUUCACGCAGCGCUCCCUGCGCAACACCUCCAACUACUUCCUGGUGUCCCUCUUCAUGUCCGACCUGAUGGUGGGCGUGGUGGUCAUGCCCCCAGCCAUGCUGAACCAGCUGUACGGCCGGUGGGUGCUGGAGGGCGAAUUCUGCUCCAUCUGGUACUCCUUCGACGUCAUGUGCUGCAGUGCCUCCAUCCUCAACCUCUGCGUCAUCAGCCUGGACAGGUACCUGCUCAUCAUUUCCCCGCUCAAGUACAAGCUCAGGAUGACCUCCUGCAGGGCCGUGUGGCUCAUCUUUGCUACCUGGACCUUGGCCGCCCUGGCCUCCUUCCUGCCCAUCAAAAUGGGGUGGCACGAGCUGGAGUUUGAGAUCAGGCCCCUCAAUAGCACCUCCCACGUGGAAGAGGACCAAUGCAGGCUCCUGGUCAGUCUGCCCUAUGCUCUGAUAGCCUCCUGCCUGACUUUCUUCCUCCCAUCCAUGGCUAUCUCCUUCACCUACUGCCGGAUCCUCUUGGCCGCCAGGAAGCAAGCUGUGCAGGUGGCAUCGCUCACCACCACCAUGGCCAGCACCUCCGACGAACCCCUGCAACAGGUCCCCAGAGCUCCGAGCCAAGCCGUGGCCGUGGGCGAGAACAGGAAGUUUGCCAAUAAGCACAGCAAAAAGGCGCUGAAGGCCAGCCUGACCCUGGGCAUCCUGCUGGGAAUGUUCUUCGUGGCCUGGCUCCCCUUCUUUGUCGCUAAUAUGGCACAAGCAGUGUGUGACUGCAUCCCUGCCGGCUUCUUUGACGUCCUCACCUGGCUUGGGUACUGCAACAGCACCAUGAACCCCAUCAUCUACCCCCUCUUCAUGAGGGACUUCAAACGAGCCAUGGCUAAGUACCUGCCCUGCUGCCGGCGCUCUGGGGAAGGCAGACCUAGCGCCAUUUCCCUGUCCAUGCGGAACUCCAACAGCGGGCCCCGGCUGGGGAUGUCCCUCAAGAACGUCCUCACGCUGCAGGGCGAGACGGACUCCGUUGACUCGGUCACCCAGGUGAACGAGCACAUCUUGCUGCCUGCCUGCCAAGACCCCCACCUGGAGUCCAUCCCAGCCACGGCUGCCGACUCAGUCAACCUCUUCGACUUGGAACACAUGGACCAAGAGCUGCAGAUCAACCAGCUGAACACGCCCAUGGAUUGACUAUGCUGUCCCAAUGCGGGGGCGUGAGGUUAGGAGGGACCUGCCUUGGUUCCCCCAACACGCUCAGGCUAUGCACAGACACCUUAGCGGUUCCUGCUGGAAUAUAGUGACACCCUGGAUGGGGAAGCCAACGAGGGCGUGUGUGUACAUGUACAAGCCUUCUGAGCCAAAGUGAAGCAUUGAUAUUCCA